AUGAGCGCCUUGCUGCCCAACAUGGCGGACUUUGACACAAUUUAUGAGUUAGAAGACGAAGAGGAAGAGCACGUAGUGAAUGAAGAGCAUUUGCCCAGAUACUGUCCAGAGCCUGUGGUGAUGCGAGGGGCCGGACACAUCACUGUGUUUGGACUGAGCAACAGAUUUGACACAGAGUUUCCUUCUAUCCUCACAGGAAAGGUAGCUCCGGAGGAGUUUAAGACCAGCAUUGGCAGAGUGAAUGCAUGUUUGAAGAAAAACCUGCCUGUCAAUGUGAAGUGGCUGCUCUGCGGCUGCUUGUGUUGCUGCUGUACAGUCGGCUGCAGUCUGUGGCCGGUUAUUUGUCUCAAUAAGAGAACCAGACGAUCCAUUCAGAAAUUGUUGGAAUGGGAAAAUAACAGAUUAUAUCAUAAGUUGGGCCUGCACUGGAAACUCAGCAAAAGAAAAUGUGAAGGCAGUAACAUGAUGGAAUAUGUGAUUCUUAUAGAAUUCUUACCCAAAUAUCCUAUUUUCCGACCUGACUGA